AUGCCUACUUCCCUUAGUAACUCCCGACAACCCUCAGAGCUACACGUUAUGUCAUGGUGGUCCUCUAAAUCGCCGAUUGAGCAACAAAUUGAGGCGGCCACUUCAGAGGACAUCCCUACUGGAGAGCAGAACCUUGCGUUGAAUCUUGAAAUAUGCGAUGAGAUCAGAUCUAAGCGGGUCCCUGCGAAAGACGCCGUCAAACUGCUCCGCAAGCGGCUCUAUGUUAGAAACCCCAAUGUACAAGUAUUAACGCUGCACCUGCUUGACCUUUGCGUCAAGAACGGCGGGUCGCACUUUUUGGAAGAGGUUGCAACUAAAGAGUUCAUGGACGCCUACAACGCACAGGUAAUAACCUUGGUCAACCAAGACCGAAAUGACGGGGUGGUAGAUCUCAUGCUCGAAUACAUUCAAGCAUGGGCAUUGAUGACCAAGGACCGCACAGAUCUGUCGCAAAUAUACAAGACAUACCAAGCGCUCAAGUCCAAGCCGGGUAUUGUGUUCCAGGAGCCCUCUGCGAUCUCCUCAACCUUUGCCGAUUCCGCCACCGCCCCCGACUGGGUGGAUAGCGAUACUUGCAUGAAAAGUGGCCGCCCGUUCACGUUCUACAAUCGUAAACAUCAUUGCAGAAAUUGUGGCGGUGUUUUUUUGCAAGAGUAUUGCUCCAAUUUCAUUCCGUUGCCUCACUUCGGUAUCAAUGAGCCUGUGCGAGUAUGCGAUGAUUGCAAAGUGAAAUUGGCCGAUAAGUAUACGAAAUCGAAACCACGAGAUUCUAGCACUCGUGGAUUUUAUCAUUCAAGCAACAACGUUGACUUGAAUGGUUCAUUUGAUCAGGAUCUACGAAGAGCCCUGGAGCAGUCUCUCCAAGAUUCUGCUCCUGAACAACUCACAAGUACCAUGCACACUGAAGAAAUGGAUGAGGACAUGAAAGCUGCUAUUGCUGCCAGUUUAGCUGAUAUGGAGCGGGUCAAACCUGAGUCGCAUGCCCCGCAACAGGAAACAUAUUCUACACAUACCGACAAACAAGUUGUCGAGGAACUUCGUCAAGCGUUGGAAUCUGCCCACCCUAAAGACGUAUUUUUGAACCCAAAGUUUGCUGCCCUGAUGGCUAGUGCUGAAGCUUGCCAACCAAGAGUCAGCACUGAGCUUGGUUCUGUGGCUAACAAGCUUCAGACCUUGGAAGAUUUGCAUGGGAGGUUAUCUGCGAUUUCUAGUUAUUAUGAUAGAAUGCUGGAUAUCCAACUUCAUCAGGCAAUGCCUCAAACAGCUCCAGUAACGGCCGGUUCCGUUCAGGGGAUGCCACAGGUACAGCCGCAGGUGCAGCCUCAAAUACAGCCUCAUGUUCCUCAAAUGCAGCCGCAGGUAUCCACUCCGGUGUUGGAAUCUCGGCGAACUUCAAUUAGGCUGAGACCUUCUGCUCCUGCUUAUAAUCCUGUAUUUGCGACCUAUUCGGCCCCUCCAGCACCGAUGCCAGCAUCAACACCAAACGCACCAGCUGCGGCAGUACCAUCAGAACCAUCAGCACCAUCAGCGCCAGGGCCAACAGCACAAUCAGCGCCAUCAGCGCCAGGACCGGCGGCAGCACCAUCAGCACCAGGGCCAGCUGUAGGGCCAGCUGGAGGGCCGGUGGCAGCACCAUCAGCACCACCAGCACCAGGACCAGCUGCUGUAGCACCAGCUGUAGGUCCCGAGACAUUGUCCGCGGAAGAUGCCCUGUCUCAGAUCCCCUCGGCGCCUACUCAAGAACCAGAAGCCGAGUCUGAACCAGAGCCAGAGCCAGUAUUGAUCGAACUGUAA